AAAAAGCAACAGAGCCUUUUUUUUCAAAAGAAAAACUCUUGCCUUUUGUAAAAUGUCGUGAUCGGUUGGAAGAAUGUCUUUGCCAGAAAGUAUACUUAAUAUUAGAAACAACCAAUUCUUUACUCUGAAAACUGGACUGAAAGACUAUAUCAUAACCAGAGCUUCAUUUGCGAGAAAUGGAAUAAACAAUAGUAAUAUAAUAAGCCUCCUAUUAACAGAAGUCUCUGAUGGUGUAUACAGCAUACCAGCUUUACUCAUACCCUCUCAAGUUCAAACAAAAUUUAAAUUGAGCGAUUCCAAUAUGAAUGAUUGCCAGGAGUUGGUUGGCAGAAUGAUUAAUAUCGACCAGUACAUGGUGUCAGCCUUUCGAAAAGAAUCGCAGUUCCAGCCUUAUUUGAUUGUGCUAAACUUCGAUAUAUCUUCUCAAGAAGGGAUCAUUCAGGAAGAAAAAAACGUUCCCAAUAUAUCUAGUCACCCAGAUGUACAACAAUGGUUAGAAAAAUUGCAAUUGAGUAUACCCGACAAAAGCAGGCCAUUGUCAUCCUACUUCAAAUUGAAAGGUACAGGAGGAAGUUUCUUCGAUACCACUGGCAAUGGCGCUUUUAAUAACCAAGCUUACAUCUUUCCUCUUAUGCCCUUUAUAGUUUUGGAAGAGAAAUUUUCAGCACCUUUCGAAAAAGUAGAAGCUGCAAUUGAAAGUAUAUCAUCGUUCGACAAUGCUUCUCAGAAGAGCAUCAGUAGUAAUGCUUCAAUAGCAUCUAUCAAUACGUCAGUUGAAUCACCUUUGCCUUUGCAGCCAUCACCACAACCGUUAAAGCAGAAGCAACAGCAAGAGCGAGUAUCGUCAUCUUUUGUAAAUAGUCUGUUAAGCAAUGUUAGUAGAAAAAUUAACAAGUGGUCCUUUUGGAAACCAAGCAGUAAUGAGGAUACGCACAUACCUACAGAGAGAAGCCAGCAGCAGAGGUGGACCCAGCAACAAAGGUCUGGAAGCAAUAACUAUCAAAAAGAAAAGAAAGAGAGUACUCUGUCAUCAUCAUCAUCUACAUUCCCAAAGGAACAGGAACAGCAACUGUCAAAAACGAGCAUAGCAAUAAGCACAGAAUCUCCUUUAUCAAACGACUAUAAAAACGAAAGAAAUAUGAGUGAGAUUACGGUUGAAAAUCCAAUUGGAGGAAAGAAGUCGAAUGCCCAUGAUACAACUGCAGAAACAGACAUGUUAGAAGAGUUUGAAAUUAUGAAACAUUUGUCUGAACCUUCGGAUAGUGAGAACAACCCAAACGUAACUAAAAAUCAAAAGAAGACAAUUCAAGACGAUUAUAGGUCGAAUAAGAAACCAGCUGUUGCAAAUGGCGAAAAAGUCGAAAUGGAAGUAAUACCAAGUAAGGAUUCAGUUGCAGUCUCAGAUAAACCUAUUGAUACGGUUCAAAGUACAUGUGAUACUCUUAUAAAUGAAGCAACCGCUUCGGAGACCGUUCAUCAUAAUGAAAUGCUUACAUACAGCGAUACCGAAUAUAUACACACCACUGAGUUUGGUAUUACUCAUGAAAACGAUAAAAUAUAUAUGAAAGACGAACCGUUGGUGCAAACGACAACUCAAUCACUACCAUCUGUUACUACAAUGAGUACUACCAACAAAGCUCAGCAUAAACACUCAUCUGUAAAGAGACGACUAUCUAACAGCGAAACACCUAUGAAGAGAUUGAAAACUAACCGAAACACUAUCAAUCGCACGAAUAUCGCCCUUCCUUCCGCAACCGCAUCGGACAGAUCAAUUGCCGUGCAUAAAGUUGCUGAAGAAUUGAAUAGUACAGCUGCCAGUCAGAGACAUAAACCUACUGUUUUUAGGCGUCCUACUGUUCAAGAGUACCAAGUUGAAAUCAGAGAUAAAUUCAAUUCUUCAGGCAAAGCAUGCGACACAUCAACGUGGUUGCCAAGCUUUUCCUCUGGCACAAGAUAUUUAAUUAUGAAUGCUACUGAUAGUAGUGGGCUACAGUAUGAAAAAGAUGAAGAAGAAGAAGAAGCAUCAAUAUUAAACCAAAAACAAGUUAUUGAGAGUUUGUUAAAAGAUAGUUCGACGGACCCAUUUAUGAGACGUCAACUUUUAGACAAGUAUAAACGCAUAUCUUAGUAUACUGUAAUAAACAAUUCAAUCAUUUAAAAGGCAAGCUAUUCGUCAGUUUAACAUG